AUGUUUUAAGGCUAUCACACUGUUAAGAAGGUUACUGUUCCAUCUUAAUAGUGCUGUAACCUUAUUUAAGUUGAGUCAUUUGGAUGACAACUUGACGUGUUGGUUUAAAUUACGCAACCUUCCGCUACGUGCUGUGUGGAAGGAUGCGGUUGUGGAGUGGGGACUUCCUUGACAUUUGUAAUUUUUUUUCCGUCGCAGUCUUUCGCUCCGCAGUCAUUAUUGCCUCGACAUUGUUCCCUAGAGUACCGUUGCUCCUGAUAAACAGGAUUCUGAUAUGUUCUUGUGCCGUUCUGGGUGUCGAUGGCAGCUAGCUCUUCAGGAUUAUAGCCAAGUUAACGCUGCCAGUUCAGAAGAAAUGGUCAUUGAUGACUUAAAUGAUAACCACCAGUACGGGGACAACAAGGACAGCGACGGCUGCCACACGCACGAGAUAGAGCUGCAGGAGGUGGUGAAGGAGGGCCAUGACCGCGCCGACCCCAGUCAGUUCGAGCUGCUCAAGGUGCUGGGCCAGGGAUCCUUCGGCAAGGUUUUUCUGGUGCGUAAAGUGGUGGGCAAAGAUAGUGGGACGCUAUAUGCUAUGAAAGUGCUUCGGAAAGCUACUCUCAAAGUGAGGGAUCGCAUGCGCACCAAGACGGAGCGCAACAUCCUGGUGGACGUGCAGCACCCGUUCAUCGUGAAGCUGCACUAUGCCUUCCAGACGGAGGGCAAGCUCUACCUCAUCCUGGACUUCCUGCGGGGAGGCGACCUCUUCACGCGCCUCUCCAAAGAGGUGAUGUUCACCGAAGAAGACGUCAAGUUCUACCUGGCAGAGCUGACGUUGGCUCUGGAUCACAUCCAUCAGUUGGGGAUCAUCUACCGCGACCUGAAACCUGAGAACAUCCUGCUGGAUGCGGACGGACACAUAUCACUGACUGAUUUCGGGCUGAGCAAGCUGCCCCUGGACGACCAGAAGGCGUACUCCUUCUGCGGCACCGUGGAGUACAUGGCCCCGGAAGUGGUCAACCGCAAGGGGCACUCGUUCGCUGCCGACUGGUGGUCCUUGGGAGUCCUCAUGUUUGAGAUGCUGACGGGGAUGUUGCCGUUCCAAGGGCAGGACCGCAAGGAGACGAUGACGCAGAUCCUGAAGGCGAAGCUGGGGAUGCCCCAGUUCCUCACUGCGGAGGCACAGGCCCUGCUGCGUGCCUUGUUCAAGAGGAACCCGGCCAACCGCCUGGGCGCAGGCCCAGAUGGUGUGAAAGAAAUUAAGUCGCAUUCCUUUUUUGCAACCAUUGAUUGGGACAGACUAUACAGGAAAGAAAUCCAACCACCCUUUAAACCAGCAGUCAGUAGAGCGGAUGAUGCCUUUUACUUUGACAAGGAGUUCACCUCUAAAACGCCUAAAGACUCGCCAGGCGUCCCUCCGAGCGCCAACGCCCACGAGCUGUUCCGGGGGUUCAGCUUCAUCGCCCCGUGUCUCCUGGAAGAGCAGGCCCACAACUCCCAGCACAUCACCGACUCUCUCUCCAACAGGAUAAUGUAUGUGAAGCCAAACUUGAUAACAGACGAGUAUGAGCUCAGGGAAACCAUCGCGGUUGGCAACUUCUCAGUGUGCAGGCUGUGCAUCCACCGAGCGACACGGACCGAGUACGCAGUGAAGGUGAUCGACAAGAGCAAGAAGGACUGCCAGGAAGAAGUGGAGAUACUGCUGCGGUGGGGCCACCAUCCGAACAUUGUCACCUUGCGCAAUGUGUACGAGGACGAGCGGUCCGUGUACCUGGUGAUGGAGCUGAUGCGAGGCGGGGAGCUGCUGGACCGCCUCAAGAGGCACAAGUUCUUCUCGGAGCGGGAGGCCAGCGCCAUCAUGCAAGUGAUAGUCAGCACCGUUCAGUACCUGCACCAGCACGGGGUUGUACACAGAGAUUUGAAGCCUUCGAACAUUCUCUAUGCAACAGAGUCUGGUAACCCAGAUGCAUUGCGCAUUUGCGACUUUGGUUUUGCGAAGCAACUGCGCGCUGAAAACGGUCUCUUGAUGACGCCCUGUUACACUGCAAACUUCGUUGCUCCCGAGGUGUUAAAGAGGCAAGGCUACGAUGCAGCGUGUGACAUCUGGUCCUUGGGUGUUCUACUUUAUAUCAUGUUGGCGGGGCGCACUCCGUUUGCAUACAGAGAAACAGAUUCUCCGAGUGGAAUACUGCAGAAGAUUGGUGAAGGUCGGUUUGAUCUGGAACGGGGGAACUGGGCGAACAUUUCUUGUGAAGCCAAGGACCUGGUGCAGAAGAUGCUGCACGUGGACCCGGGCCAGCGGCCGACGGCCAGCCAGGUGCUGCAGCACGACUGGAUCCAGCACCGCGGCUCCCUGCCGCACCGCCGGCUACAGCUGCAAGAGCCCAGCGUCAUCAAGGGGGCGGUGGCAGCCACGUACCGCGCCAUCAGCCAGAGUCCGCGCGCGCCGCACCUCGGGCCGGUGGUCAUGUCGGAGCUGGCGCGCCGCCGCCGCAAGUCGCGGCCCAAGUCCUCCACGGAGGUGUGACGGCUCUGAGAGGAGGGUCUACACUCACUCUCUGCCUCGACUGUCCGGUACCGUGCUGGUCUGAAGGCCUAGUGAUCCUUACCCACCGCAGGAAAACCUGGCAUUUUUGAAACACCAAUCUGUAAUAUGGCAGAACAUAUGUACAACAUCAUUUUAUUUGUUCGACAUUGAUGCCAACAACACGUCUAUGAGACUACUUCUUUUACUAUUCCAAACAAAACAUUUUUUAUUAGCUGACAGUAAGGUAAAAAAUUUCCUAACAUAAGUGCAUAAUGCAAAGUCACCAUUUAAUAAAAUACAUAAUUUAACAAAAUUUCUCCAAAACAUUAUUGUGACACCUCUUUGCCGUUUAGUUAUUUUUUUCUUUUCCCCCUGUUUUAUUAGUAUAGUCACUGCCCAUCAUUGUUCUCUAUAGUACUUCCAAACAUAACAUUUCACUGUCUCAAAAUCAGGUUACAACUUAUGUCACUAGUCUUCAAAGCGUAAUUGUUAAAGUGAGUUAGAUUAUGUAUAUCUUUCUACAGCAUUUUGUGCUACUUGUUUACAAAAAUAUAAGUAAUAUCUUAUAACCACUACUUUGCUGAUAAAAAAAAAUUGGUUUAACAUGUUAGUAUUAUCCUUCACUGUAUUUGAUUUCAUAAUUGUUAAUGUAAUAUUGUGUAUACAUAUCAGUGUUUCUAUUUUUUUUAAGGAUGUGGCUAUAGGCCCAUGCUAGGUUUUUAAAGUUGUCAAAGGCUGCAUUAGAGGGAAGACAUAUUUUCAGACCAGUACAGUAUUAUAAAUUGUAUCACCAUUGAUUACGAUAACUUGUUUUUAUUUAUUAAGAAGCACAGUACUGCAACCCAGAGUUGCCAUUUGUCCUUGGAUUAUUGAGAAGCUAGAAAUGUUUUUAGUUUUAAUGAACCCUUGAAAAUUAAGGAAAAACACAUGUUCUUCCAUGUUUUGUCCUUGACAUGUUAGUGUUCUUGAAGAAAUUGUCGCCCAUCAGCAGACGGGAUUGUGUGCAAGAAGGCUGUCUCCCAGCCCUCGUAGAGUUUCCACACAUUCAUGCCGGUACUAGUGAGAUCUGUCGAGUCUCAGGACUCAUACAAGGUCCGAUGUGUCACCAGAAAACAUUGUGCUGCAUUACCUAUGUUUAUAUUACGUUGGACAAAAGAUUUUAUUCUGGAAAUACAAUCAAAACCUUGUGGAAAUCUUUCCUUGUCGAAACUUUUGAACAGAGAAUUAUUAUAUCAUGAGGUGUGUGAACUAAGCAUUGGUUUUAUGGCCCUACAGAACAGGAACAAUGAAAAUCAGUUGGGUUAGUGAACGUAUUUAUUUCGAUACAAAGCUGUACAAAUUGCCAAUGGUAAUUACUUAUAACUCAUAUUUUGUAACUCAUCUAUCUAUCUGUAAAUGUUUUCUCAGAAUUUACGAUUACAAAAAUGUGAACUUUCUUCUUGUUAUCUUCUAUACUACACUGUAUUAAUCAAUUGCCUAAUAAUCUUGCUAAGCUGUUACAGAACUCAAUUUUGGGUCCGUGCAUUUCAACUGAAUUUGUAAGCUAUGGUUCAGUAGGUUCACUUGUGUCUGUGAUUCAUGAUUUUGAGGUGUUUUAGAACUCAAAUGCAAAACAAUAAACAGCACUAUGGCAGGGUACCUCUAUAUAUAAUUUCUGGGUUUACUGUGAAUCUGUGCUAAUGUUUCUGUGGUCUUUUUAACUCAAGUCUUGUAAGAAUUUUUAAUCUCAAACAAUGAAUGGUUUGUAUGUAGCAUAUUUUCAUAUCUGUUAGAACUUGAUGUUGUGGGUCUUCCAGUGUUCUGUUCUAGCUGUCCAUACGUACUGAGCUUGCUGAGAGAGAAAAAGUGGUGAAGUGGAUACAAUAUUAUAAAUAAUAAACAUUAUUGCACUUUCAUAAAAUCACGAUAACAUAACAGCAUUUUGAACCUUAUGACUGACAAGGAUUUUCUAAAAUACCGAUUAGCUGGGUGGGUCAUUAUGCGUAGAAUAUGAUUAAAACAUUUUGUUAUUUAAAAUACUAUGAAAUUAAUACCAAGUCAAAUAGAAAAUAGUUAUUUAAACAUUUCAAUAAGUAAAAGUAUAGAUUAUGCACCAAUAUUUGGAAUCAUUUUACACUAAAAAAAAAAAGAGAAUAUAUUUUUCAUUUUUUUUUAAGGUUGGUGAAACUGGUACAAAACCGGUGGUGGCGAAUUCCAGCCAGUGGCUAUUCUGAAUAAAAGAGUUAUUAGAUGUAGGCAGGCCAAAGUGUUAUAUGUAAAGUGACCAAACAUUAAAUUGAAAUACUUUUAAGAAUACUGCUGGAAAUUGACUAAUUUAUUUAUCGCUUCACAAGUGUUUUUAUUAUGUAGUAUUAUUUUAAAAAUUCAAUUACAAUCUUCAAGAUAUUAAGUCACUUUAUGCUUAAGCAAACAUUACUUUGACAGUUUAAUAUUGUGAUGUAGUAAGCAAAACACACACACUUUGGUUUUUUCACAGGACUCACCUAUCAGGUAUAAUGUAUAAAUAAUCAUUUUGUUAUUAGUUACAUAAUAAUAUUCAGCUGUCAAAUUUUGAAUGUUUGCUGAAGCAUUUGUAAAAAAUGACGCCUAAUUUUAAUAAAGUGUAAAUACAAAUUUUAUGUGAUGUUUAUAGUAAUAAUUUUCAUCGUGUAUUAUAUGUAAUAAUUUUAAUUAUACUUAAAACAUAUGUUAAAGUAGAAUAUACUAGUAAAUUACACAUUUUCUGCACCAAAUAUUCAUCCGACCCAACCCUGCUGAUACGGAGAGAUGAUUAUAAAAAUACAUUGUAAUUUCUCGAAAUUUCCAUGUACCUUCUUAUAGUACAAGGUCUUAAAGCAAGAAUAUAUAUGCCAGUCAAUUUGAGAUUUAUUUUGUGAUAGCUAUGUUAGUUAAAACGACAGCAUGUAGGAUACUACAAACUACAUCAACUCGGUAAUUGCAGCAUUCUAGCCUCAAAUUUGUGAAAUAUUUUUGAGGUGUGUAUAUUGCAUCAAAAGUUGAUUAUUCUUAGUUGUAAAGUCUAAGAAAAUUAGCUUGGAUUUGUUAGUUUUGUGUGAAUUAUACUGAGUAUUUAAGUGCUCUGUCUGCAAAAAAGAUAUUGCCUUAUCAUUGUUACAUAUCUUUGCUAGGAAGAUACAGUAGAGUGAAGUCAUAACUCAUAGGAUUUCUUUUUAAUUCAAUUAUAUAAAAUAAAAUUUAAAGUAUGGUUUGAUUUUGCUUUUUUUUUUUUUUUUUUUUGCAUUUUUAUUGGCUUUUGAUAAAGAUUAGUAGUGUGAAUUGUAACUAAAUGUGGUAAUAUAAUGCUUUGUGGUCAUUCGAAAGAUAAUCACAUGAAGACAAUUACAGAGGAACUUUGUUUAAUUUAAUAAAUAAACAUUUUUUGCUUUAGUUUCUUGUAAUAUUGUAACAAAAAGCAACCCAAAGAUAAAAUGUACAAGCUACUUCUUCUCUCUAGCAAAUGCAUAAAAUGUUUUUGCAAACAGAGUAGUCAAUUAAGAAGUAUCAUUCACAAUAUUGACAUCCAUUGAUAGUUUAAUUCUCAUGUGUUUAACAUUUUACACUUCUCUGAAGCUUGCAAAUUUUUUUUCUGUACUCUUGUAAUGUGCUUUGGAAGAAAUUGGUUUUGUUUUAAGGAGCCAUUUUGAGGUUUAUUUAUAUAUAAAAUAAUUAUAUUUUAUUGAGAUUUAAUUUUUUUUUGGAAGAGUUUUAUAGUUUCAUAUGCAUAAUUUUGCUGUUUUGUAUGAAUGUAUUUUAUGAUAAUGAAUUUUUUUGUAUUUUUAAUCUUUGAAAACCACUACAUAUUUUGUAAGCUUUUACAUGCGACUGCACCAUAAUAUUGUGCAUUGUGAUAUUCCAGCAGUGAAAUAAAGUUUUAUAUGUAAAGUGGCAUGAUAAAUAGUUGAGGAAAGUGCAGAACAACUUUAUCUUAAUGUUAAAUUAACAGCUUGCAUGGCUGUGAUUAGUUAUGAACUUUUAAAAAUGUUAUCCUUAUUAUGAAUGAAAACCUUUAAGUUCAAGUAAUAUGACUGUGUUUUUUUUUAUUAUUGGUAAAAGUUUUAAUUGAAUCAUGUGCAUUUCUGUUCAGCCAUUAAUUAUAAAUGUUUUAAAAAGAUUUUCAUUAGCGGUACAGCUUUGUCUGCUUGAUCGUCGUCUCCUCUUCCAUCGAACUUUGUUCUUUGAUCUGCAGUGUUUGUGUCAAGGAUUUUCAUACUACGUAUGUGUUGUAAAUUGCCUCAAGGAAGAAACUUCAGCAUGGUCAGGUAUUGUCUUUGUCACCUUCAUUGUGCUGUUGUUUACUGCUGCGUUUGUGCCCAUUGUACAGUUACCAUUGUUGUGAACAAUCAAAUAAACGAGCUCUCUACAGUUUCUGCCUAGUUCGUGAGCUCGUGUAAGUAUGGUUUAAAAAACAGAGAGAAAAUAAUUGUUAACUAUUUUGUACAGUGUUAAGAAAUAUAUUAGUUUAGUCUUAAAAUUAUUUUAAAUGUACUGUAGAUAAUGAAAAUUUUAACAUUAAAGCAAAAUAAUAAUCAUUGUCUGUAUAAAAAGUAACUUUAGACUAAUUUAAAAGUAAUUUUAGAACUAAUAAAAAGAGAUAAUAUAUAAUA